CUUUGUUCUUUUGGCUUUGUCCCCAGGGGGAGUGAAAAAGGGCUUUUUGGUUUUGAUUAAAAAAAAAAAAAAAAAGUUCAGAGAGAGAGAGAGAGGAGGGAGAGGGAGAAAUCCUUCCAGUUCUAACUCAGUCAAGGAAGGUGUGAGCUUUUUUUCCUCCUCUUUCUCCGGUUUUUUUCCUACCCCUCUCUCUUGCUUUGGAUCAUGGGUUUUGUGAAACUUGGAUUAUUUUAACGUUUGCAGCCAUGAGAGAGCCUGCCUGGCAAUCUGGAUUACUGGCCUUCUGAUUCAAGAACUACGGAAACCGCGAUUAGGAGACGAUCCGGGAACCUUUAACAUAAAUAGAUACAUAAACAAGGUAAGUGUGCGAACGUAGUUGCAAACUUUUUUUUUUUUUCCUUCAUGAGCUGCUGGUUCUUCUGAUCUGUACGUGCACAAGGGAACAUAACAUGCACUGGCCCUUUAAUGUGCCUUGCAAAUGGAUUCCAAAUGCUCGAAAACAAUUAAAUGCCCCCUCUAGCCGCCCCCCUUUUAGCUUGCAUCUGAUCCUGCGGGAAGUUGGAGAUUUUGCCUAGAAGUGGAUCUAGUUUAUUCCGCAUUGCUUGCAAAAGUUCAUGCUUCUAUUUAGAAUAUUAUCAUCUAAUGCGCUGUAUUAUUAUUAUUAUUAUUACUACUACUAUUACUAUUAAUGUUUUCAAGGGGGGCGGGGUGGAACUAAAAAGGCUAUCGUAAUUUUUUAAAAUCUCUUGCAUCGUGGCAUACAAUACCCUUUUGAUGUCUGAUUUCAAAUAUAUUUAUUAUUUUUAAAAACUUUACUCUCUGAAAAUGGGGGUUAUGCUGACCCAGACCCCAUUUGGAACCUUAUUAACUGUAGACAUCUUGUAAUCUGUGAGGUAAAUCCAGUGGUAUAUGAUAGUUGAUGUUUAUUAUGAUUAUUAUUGUAUUAUAGGGGGAGAGUUAUAACUCUAUUUCUCUUGACAUAAUUUGUGCUUUUAGUUUUAAUAAGCAAUAAGGUACGCAUCUGGUCAAUAAAUUAAAAUUUUUAUGUAUAUUAUCACAAGGUGAGCUUAGCAUGUUUGCAGACCGUUGCUGUUGUGAUUUAAAGUACAACCUGUUCUGUACACAAAAUAACAUUGUAUCUUCUUGUUUGGAGUUGUGACAUUCUGUUGACUACUGUUUGAAUUCAUUCAUGGUAGUGACUCUUGAUGCUUCCUCAGAGUACUUUACCUUUUGAAAAGUCAUAUUAACAAUUUUUGUUUACACGGAGUAGACAGACAAUAUAAUAAGUUAAUUUAGCUAAUCAACAAACCUGUUUACUGUUUGUUAAAACAUGUCAUAUAAAGUGUUCCCCCCUUAACCCCCCCAAAUCUAUAUUUUAUUUAAUUGAAUGUACACUUUUUCCCAAUAGACAUAUUGUACUUGGGGUCACAGGUGAUGAUCUCAUUGUCUUAGGUUACUAGGAAGGAUGAAGUGAUUACCCAAAGCAUGUGUAAUCUACAUCACAAGUGAGGGGUCUUGUUUUAGUUAAGGGGCACUAUGGGCCUCAGGUCUGGUAUUUCAUCAGAAUCCAUGGGAUCAUUGUACAGUGCUUUAUCCACAAAUAUCUGUGAACUUAUACCUAUAAAACUGUUUCUAACAUCUGGAUAUAUUAGACACAUUUGCUGGUAUGUGGAUGAAGAAAGAGACUUUGGCCCACCUGUUGUGAAUAAUUUUCUUGAAAAACUCUACAGGGCGACAGGGUAUAUGGAGUAAGUCAUGUUUAAAAGAAGGAAAAUGGUUCCCAGAUGGCCAUUUACUUGUAAUAGAAGCGGGUAGUUCCGGAGGAGAAGUUGUGCUGCAUUCUUAAGUGGAUACUUCUUCCAAAGCCUGCUUAACCCUUCUAGAGACAGAGGAAAGAGCAGCACUGUAGACCUGCAAUUGAAAGGGUUAACGAGUUCCGCUAACUAAUGACAGACCAUGUCAUCCUUGGUUAUGCAGAACAUUUCUUCAGUUGAAUCUGUACUUCAUUCAUGUUACAGUAUUUCCCAGUUUAAGCACAAUUUAAGAGGAAAAGUAACUUAAAGGAAACCUGUAACAUGAUAACUAUUCUCAGCAGUUCAUCCAUUACAUGAGGUAACAUUCCACCAUGACAGACCUACUGUAAUUCAUUCUGUUUGCUCCUUCAAGGCUUCUUGCAGUAGCGUAACUGCGUUCUCCAAUCUGAACCUUGGUUAGUGAUGAUUUUUUUGAGGGUUUUUUUAAUCUUAAUUUUAUUUUUAGUAUUUCAUGAAUUCUGGAUUUCAAAGUAUUGUGCCUUUUAAACAAACAUCAUGGAUCUACAAUGUAGUGUUGCAUUCACAUAAUGAAUGAUCAAUAUCAUAACUUUUUUGUCUUGUCAUUGCAGCUCAGGUCAAUUUUCAAGAUUCCUUGCAGCCAUGAGUUCUGCUGGGGUACUGACCUGCAUCCCAGACUCUGGAAGAAUUUUCAGGGAGACAUCUUUGCGUCCACCAGUGCCAGGCCAAGAGACCAAAAACUACAAGGUAAGUGCUCUUGAUCUGUUACAAGUGAUGCUUCAUAUACUUGUGAAUACACAGUUGUGUUUUGUGUAAGCAUUCAGUUUGUGGUGUUAUUUUUAUGCUAAGAGUUGUAUUUUACUAUGGCACAUAAAGGAUUACUUAAUAAUCAUACUCCCGUCUUCUGUUAUAAUCUUUGGAGAGCAUAAGUGUCUGGUAAACUGCUCUCAUGGGGCUUAAUAGCCAUAUGUUUUUGAAAAAGAACAAAAGUUCAAAAACUUUAAAGUAUGAUCAACCAUAUAAAAAAAAAACCUCAAUUUAACUUGUUUUAAAACCUUUUACAGAAGAAAUUGUUAAAUUUAAAUUUGAAAGUUUUUUUGUACAUUACUGGGUCACAUCAUUCAACUUCUAUCCCAGAAUCUCUAUUAUAGCAACUUUAUUUUUUUUUUAAAUAUUUUAUGAUAUAACCAUUUCUCAUGGCAUACCUAACUAAUGAUUUUAUUUUACUUUUAAGACUGAGAAAUUCAACAUGGAUCUUCAGCAUUUGGAACAACCACUAAGACCUAAGGAAGAAUUUCUGCGGGAAGCAGAAGGUUGUGUUGCUCACGAUACACGUUUCUCCCGAUGGGGUAGAUCUCUUAAUCUACUGCUUGAUGACCAGGAUGGUGCAACUCUUUUUCGCAUGUAUUUGGAAGGGGAAGGGCUAGUGGAUCUUUUAAGUUUCUGGUUUGCUUGCAAUGGUUUCAGAGCCAUGGACCCUGCAGAACCCAAGACCUCAAAGACUGCCAAAGCCAUAUACCGUUGGUAUGUACAAAAUAGUCAGGCUGUUUCAAGCCGUCUAAAACCAGCUACACGGGCCCAUGUGAAGGACUGUGUGAAGAAUCAGCUUCUGAAUAGGACUGUAUUUGACCAGGCCCAGCAGGAGAUUCAGAAGGCAAUGGAACAGGAAGCCUUUCCUUCUUUUCUGCAGUCUGAUAUAUGCAAGGAAUAUGUUCAUGUUGAAGACAGUCCUACCCCAGAAUCACCUGGACCUGGACUUCCUACAUUGACUGAAGAUGAGGAAUUUCGUGGGUUACAUCAUGGUUCUGCUGGCUUAGGAUCUAUGGCUAAAAUAAACCGUGCCUUUACACGUAUGCCUCCUAGAAACCAAAGGUGAGAAGUUAAAAGAUCAUUAACUUUCUUUGGUUUGAUUCCUUUCAUUUUGUCAAUUUUAUAGUUGGUUUUAUGCCUAUGUGUUCAUUACGGUCAAUGUUUUCUUUUACAAAGAGUUAAAAACUGUUUAUUUUUCCAUAAAGUAUGCUGUAUGUUAUUUAUCCUAGUCAUUUUUCUUUCUUUCUUUUUCUUUGUUUCUAUUUCCCCCCUCCUUGUGCUAAAGGUUAACUUAGCUGUUAUUCCUUUCCCUGAGCUCACAUAUCUUUGAUGUGAACAAAAUCUUUCCCUGCUUCAGAGAUCAAAGAAUAACCUCCAUAAAGCAGGACUGCUUUUUUUUCUCUCUCUCUCCACACUUCCCCCUCCCUCCCAAGAUGCCUUGCUGUUUCAAAGCCUUCUUAUCUUAUAAUGACUGUUUAUUGCAUUUCUUCUUUUUCUUUUAUGGCUUAUGUUGGAUUAGAUAGUAAAACUGGUAAGAUGGUUAAAAAAGAUAUUUGAAUUUACUUAAUGCUGUCAAAAUUCCAUCUCCUUUACCUAGAAUAAAAUGAACAUUUUACUAUUGUCUUACUUCACCUUUUUAUAUGGUAAUGGAAAAAACAUUACUGAAUAGUGUUGCCUAAUGCACAUAAACAAAGCUUCAAAGAAAGUCAAGAGGAAAAAAAAAGUAAAGCUUUAUAUUGAGGCAUUAAUACCAAUACUGUAAACCAAACACAACUUUGUAGGGUUGAAAUGGGAAUUAAGUUGAAUCUUACCCAUUUUCUACUUAAUCUGAAUAUGCAGAAAAAAAACAAUUCUUCUCAUUAAGUGAGUUAGGGUAUGUAUCCCUGUAAUGAUUACAAUAAAUAUUUCAAACUUAAGUGGUGUAUCAAUUUUACAGGUUCCACACAAGGAAAACUGAAGCCACCUACCAGUACUUUGUUCCGGCAGCCAGUAUCAAUGAUAGUGAAAUCUCAAGUGAUGCACUGACCGAGGACAGUAUGUCCAUCACAGAUGGUAGUGUGUAAGUAGAAAGCAAAAUAUAGCUUUACAUACCAGAAAAUAAAAAUACAUUUGCAACAUUAGUAUCAUUUUCAUAACUUUGUCUUUUAAGCACAGAUACAUAUGCUCUUAUAUCUCUAUGUCUGUAGUGUUACGAUAAUUUCCCAGCAUGCACAUGGCCUCCAUUUAUUGACUGGAUCUUCAUUUUUUUUUUUUCUGUCCACCAUAUAAUAACACCAAUGUGUUUAACCAGGAAAGGUACAUUCAGAUAUUCUCUGGUUUCCAAGUACGUCCUGGGAAUGUUUUGCCCAACAUCUAUAUCUUCUAUAUCAUGUGUCUAAGUGGGGAAAUGUGUGUAGACCAGUUACCUUAAGAAAAUGUCAUAACAGACCUUUUGAUGGGCUUCCAGUUACUAUAACAACUCUUCUAUUGGCAUGUCAACUUUGAUCCAAAUAUAAAUUUUUGGGAUAGCCACAAGUAUCCUGUUAAUGUAUGCUCAUACUACAAAAUUACUACUUCUAGAAGGCCAUGAAAAUAGCAUUUAUAGAUCAAGUGAAAAUGUCUGUCAUACUUUUUGGAGAAAUGACCAUUCCACGUGUUUGGACAUGUUGAGACAUCUUUGGCAGGUGGUCUUGCAGGCCUCAAUUCUUUCAACAAGUUGACUGCUAGGGGCUACAGGUCAAGAAACACGUGGCCCCUUGCUUUUUCUCUUCCUAUUGUUGGAGACAAUGAAUGGAAUUUACUGCUCACUUUGAUGAAGUUGCCAAGUGCAUGGUUUCCAAAAGAGAUGGUGUUGAUGUUUUUGCUUCUCUUAGAGCUCUACAAUAAACAGAAUAUAUUUGUUACCAAUUAUUAAACAUGUGCCAAGUACUAAAUAAUAUAAGCAUUUUGAAUGAUUAAAUCAUUUGUCAGAACAUACAUUUUAGGAGGUUAAUUGUUAAUAGUUGCAAAACCUCAAAAGAAAAGUCUUUCUAUGCAUACUUUAAACAUGUUGGUUAUAAUGUCCCAUAAUUUUAUUUUAGAAAAGCAUUCUCCUGAUAUUAAUGAUUAGUUGAUUGGUUUAUAUUUUUACAGAGAUGGAAUUCCCCCAUGCCGCUCCAAAAAGCAACGUGAAAUCCAUAGAAGCGUCAGUGCCAAUGGACAAGUACAUCUGCCUUUUGUGCCUGUAAGUCUAGCACAGUUAAAGUAAAGUGACAGUUUGAAGUUGUUUCUAAUAGUGUUUUUGUAGCAAUUUUCCUUGGGCAAAUACUUUCUGGCUUUAUUUACAUGACUAAUGUUCAUGGCUCUUUCCUCAACCAUUUAGGGAAGAUUGAUAAGCACACACAUUCAAAUACUAUUCAUAUAUGAACAUAUUCAGAGCACUGACUCCUAAACAGUAUGUUAAAAUUCCUUUAAAUAGCAUUUACCACUAGGAAACUCCCUAAGUUCCAAUGGUAAUUGGUCACAACUGCAAGUUCCAACCAAUGGCUGAUUGGGAAGUUAGAAUUUUUAUGAGCAUUUAGUUCAUUUUCUGUCCCAAUGUUCUGAUUCUUUGUGGCAAACUAUUAAAUCAAACUAAUAAAAGUGGCAGAUGGCCUUUUUAUUAGGUGCCGAUUACACCAUGUUUAACCGAAAAUCCCUGGACCCAGUCAUGAGGAAACAUAGAAACUCUCCCGUUGCCUGUGUAAAUAAUGAGAACACUCUCUUGUCAAAAGCAUUUUACCACAAGGUAUCUCCACCUACCUAAAAUGUAUUCUGUUGGAGGGGCUUUAAAAGGAAUACUGCCACAUAAGUGGUUUAUGCAGAUGGGGGUAACAUUUUUAUUAGCUAUUGCAUUAUGGUAUUUGGUGAAAUAUGGGUCAUGGGGUAUGAUAUUUGGUAAGUGAGAGGUGAAUUAUAUGAAUUGGGGCAUACAAUACUGAAAUUGAGGGACAAAUGAUGGCAUUGGAAUGGAUUUUGUGACAUGGGACAUGACUUAUCUUUAAAGGGAUGAAAUAAGCCAUGAAUCAUGACAGUAAAUAGGUAAAUGAAUGGCAAAUAAGGUCAUGAAAUUAGGCCUAUAAAAAUUAAAUAUCAAAAAACUAAUUUUUCUUAAAUGUACUUUUGUGGCUCCAAGUAAUAUAUAAGAACUUUAAAAUUGUAAACAUUUUGCAUAGAUGUGUAUGUGUGAGUUUACAUAUAUGAUGAAUAUAUAAUAUUGAUUGUGGCAUAUAUUACAUAUAUUCUUAUCACAUUGUAUGUAGAAAAAUGUCUGAAACACCUAAUUUAUUUGUAAUCCAUACAAAUAUAUGUAUAUGAACUUACAGACAGAGCUUUCUUAACAAUGUAAGAAAUACUCUUGUACUUAUGGCUGCCACAAAUGAGUAAACAGAAAUGCCUCUGCUUACUAAGAGAACAGGUACAAAUAGAUAUUUCAACACCAGAACAAAAGGCUUUCAUUUUCAGUUCCUGUCUUGUUCUUAGUGACUUUGAAACUGAAACCUGUGAACAAAGUGUUUUUUAUUUAAAUUUCUAUUCUUGAUUUUCCCCACAGAGAACGUUACGCCCACCAGCAGAAAUGAUGCCUGCCAACCCUGCAGAGUUUGCUGCCAAACUGACAAUAGCUUUGGAAAGGGUUAAAAAGCAAAGGGAUGCCGAAGAAAGAUUGGAAGAAAAAUUGCAGAGGUUGAAAGAGGUAAGUUAAUGAUUUGAGAAAUACCAAAGAUGGUGAUAAAAGCAUCUUAGAAAAAAAUGAAGAAUAUAACACUGGUAUGCACCUGGCAGUGUGACCAGCUGACAAGUUGAGGCAUGUAGAAUUCAUAAAGCUACUGGAAUAGCUUUUGGCAAAGUUCUGCCCUUAAGAAACAAGAGUAGCUUCAAUUAUUUUGUAAUCUGCAGUUAAAGUCUUGUUUAUGAUACUGUAGAAAAAGCUGUAACGUUUUGAAUGUGUUUGCUUUAUUUAAAACAAAUCAUGUUCAUUAUGAUGCAACAUAUAAUACAUUUAAACUUUGUAUUAUUACCCAAAUGAUAUAAUAUCUUCAUAUAGCAUAACUGUUUAAUUGUGCUAGAAAAAUUAAAAAAAACUAUAUACAUGAAAAAUAUAGCUUUUUAUUUUUAGGAAUUACACAUUUAGUGUUAACUUAAACUGAUGUAAAAAUAUACAGUGAUUUUUUUUUUUUAUUUUAAAAAAUAUAUAAAGUCAAACUUCAUGUAUCUUACUUAACAGGAAGAAGAAAAGGUGGAAUAUGAUUUGCCUGCUACCAGCCAUGAGACAUUUACUACUGCUGAUGAUGAUCCACAGUCAAUCCUUGAUGACCAUGUAUCUAGGGUUUUAAAGACCCCAGCAAACAUGUCACCAAGAACACAGUCCCCUUUUGCUCAAAGAAAAGCCAAGGGUCAAGCACCAAUUGUCAAAUGUCAGGCUUCCAAUCAUUUGCGCCUGAAAGCUCCUCAUGGAACAGAGGCAAAUGUCCCAGCUUCUACUGAGCAUAAGAGCUCCGCUAGGUAUGUAUUCCCAAGAGGUUGUUAAAGACUUGUUUUAUUUAAACAAUUAACACAGACUUAAUUUCUAUUUCUUCUACAUUUUUUUACCUUACCUGAGUAUUUUAUUUUUUUAUUUUAUUUUUAGUUCUCAAGGUACAAGAAGCUAUAGAAAAACAGAUGGAUGUGCGCAGUCUCAUCGAAUAGAUGAAGGAGGGUCUUCUGCUUCGUUGACCACUCCUCUUUCACCAGAGCAAGAAGUAGAAAGAACACAUAGUGUCUUACAAUGGGUUCUUGAAAGCGCAAAGAUUAUGAAAAAGCACCAUCGUGAUACUAGCACAGUGUAAGUUUAAUAAAUAAAUAUCUCUGGAGAGACUUAUGAGUAUCUGGUUUAAGAAUAUCACUUUACUACAAUCCUUGCACAAUUUUUUAUUUUUUUUUGGCUAUCCCUAAAUAUUUCUAAAAAUGUAAAUAUAGGAACAAUGAGAAUAUAUUCACUAUUAAGGAUUUAAUUGUUAAGUCGAGUGUAUGUACAUUUUUGGGCAUUCAAUAUGUGAAUAAUGUUCUGCUAUCCUUGUAUAGAAAGCAGCCUGUCUAAAAGAAUGUAACAUUCUGAUUGCCAUUUUUAUAUGUUUUUGUUAGUGUCAGCCACUGCUCUGAAACAAAGAAGACAAAUCACAGAACAUCAUCCCAACCAGCACACCUAUUCCUGCAGGACACAUCCAUGCCCCCGCUUAAUGCACCCAAUACCCUGGAUCAACUAGAAGAAGCUAGGAGGCGUCUUGUAGAAGACAAACGAGCACCAAAACUUCACAAAGCCAGGUAUUUAAUGUGAAAUAUGUUUGCUUGUAUUUGCAAAAGUAAGUAUAGGUUUAGGAGCAUAGAUUUUGUCCUGUUUUUGGGAUGAAGCAUUACAGUGAUAUACAGUUGCACAGACAAAUUUCAUCCUAAAUUCCAAGAUUUAGGACUGUAUUUUUGUGAACCUUGGGUUUUUGUCUUCUAUUAUGCAGAGGGCAACAGUUGUAAUAUGUUUGAAUAUUUAUGUGCAUAAGAUAAAUGAUGUAGAAAGCAUUGUAGAAGCUUAGCAGGAAGUGUACUACUUCUGUCCAAAUCGUUUGAUGUUUGAUGAAGCUAAAAGCACUGGAUCCCUGUUUUUGGAUUAAGGAUGGCAUUGAAAUACAGUAGACGUGUAUGUCAAAAAAAAUAAAAAAAUUAAUUCCACUGAAUCAGUUUGUCUGAAAAGCUUUUUGGUUUGGUCGAUUCAGGAUUCGUCCAUGUGGUGUUUCGAUUCAGACAAAUUUUGGCCAGGCGAUUGUUUUAGGGGAAAUAAUUAAGAUGACCCAAAAUGGCAUGAACAUUUGCCAAUCAUAAUGAUUUAUUUAUUUGCACUAUGGAUUGUACUCCAAAUCACGAAACCAACAAAGCUGCUCAUUCAUUGUCCGUUUCAUUUGUUUCGUGAUUCCUCCAUAUGGCGAUUCGGAUGGCCCACUGAUCGCACAAAAUUUGGACAAAUUACAAUUCAUUUGAAACCAAAUACACAAGUCUAACAUACAGUCACAUGAUUAUUCAUGAACAUGGGCAAUUCUUAUCAUGGAAAUGUUUGUUUUUUGUUUGUUUUUUUAAUUGGUUACAUUAUUUUAGCCUUUGUAGCUUGUAUUUAGGUUUUUUUUUUUUUUAAUUGUAUUGCUAAUGUUUAAUAGAUAAUUUUUACAUUUUAGGUGUGCACCAUUCACAGCUACUAAAGAAAAGGGCAAAGUUGGGGAAAGCAUUCCAUCAUCUGGAUUUUCCACUCUUAAGCUUUCCGAAGAGUGAGUAUCUUCAGUAUUUUCUCCUAACUAUUGUCUCCAUACUUGAUUCUGCUGCCAUGAUAUUACCAACGCAUUUCAUGUAGAUGCUUUGGAUGUUGGCUUGUGUGUUCAACAUAUUGGAGUAAAAUUCUCAUUAUCCUUUAAUAACCUUUAUGACUUACAAUGAUGCUAGUGGUCAAACAAUCUUAAAUAUUGCAUAUUAUUGAAAGAUGCCAUAUUAUAAGCAGUUUUGAUAUGUAAAAUACAACUAUAGUUGUAAUUGUUUUGAAUAUUUUAGCCAAGGCCUGAUCAAGUGAGCUCUGCAAUAUGCAUUCAGUUGGAGCUGGUUAAUGGAGAAAGACUAAAUAACUGGUAAAGCUGAUAGUGGUUUCUUCAAUCAAUGUAUGGGCAAAGGUCCACCUUUUUUAUUUGUCCUCAAAGAAAAAAUCGAAAAAAAUCACUAAUUUUCAGGAUGGCAUUAAGUUCCAUUAUAAAGUCUGUUAAGCUGUUUUGCUCUUUCAUAUUAUAAUAUACAUUUGUGUGUAUUUAUUGUAAGGUAAUCUUUACUGAACCAUUUUAUCUUCCUUACAGGCAAAAGUCUACAAAGAAACUUAGUGGUGAUAGUCAAGGGCAAGGCGGUCUAGCUAUAGUCUAUUACUUCUGUGGCGAAAGGAUUCCUUACAUGAUCCGAACAAAAGAGCCUAGCUUGACUUUGCAGGAGUUCAAAGAGUUGUUGAGUAAGAAAGGAAGUUACAAGUAAGUAUAUUGAGGGAUGAAACCAGUUUAGAAUAUAUUCUGAUGAAAUUUUAUUUUUUUAAGAGAAAGUGUUAAUAUUUCAUUUCUCUUCAUAGAUAUUACUUUAAAAAGGAGAGCCAAGAAUUUGAAUGCAAUGCUGUUUUCCAAGAGGUCUCUGAGGAAGAUGCUAUACUACCAUUGUUUGAAGAAAAGAUCAUCUGCAAAGUGGAAAGAGCAUGUUAAAAUGAAAUGGAUAUUUUCUACAAGUGAGAUGAAAGCUUAUCGCUGCUAUUUAAAGAAGUCACUUUGUGAUUAUGGACAAUGCAGAAAAAAAAAUUCUGUAAGGGUUCUCGAAGAAUGUGGAUGAAGUGAAAAAGAAUGUCAAAGCAAAAGGGAGGAAGCUAGAAAAUAAUAAAAUGUCCUCCAAUGUCACGUCCAGCAUAAAACGUUCUAAUGCAGAAAGAGAUGAACGACAUGAUAAAUGUGAGGAAGGAAAGCAGUGAAUUUUGAGAGUAAAAACCUUGUGACUAGGAUGCUUCAACAAUGGCUUUGAAUACAAUGGGAUGAAGAUUUUGCCUUGAAAGUGGUUUGCUGGAAUUGGUUUGGAAGUUUAUAAAAAUGAACGUUGAACAAGUUUUAUGUGAUGCGAGUCUACCACAGCCACUAAUGUGUAUCAUGGUACAUAAAACAUGCUUUAUUUUGUGUAUUUAUAAAAUCAUUGGUUAAAGAAUUUUUUAUGGACAUGUGAAAUAUUUCCAUGCAAGAUGGGAGAACUGUCGUCUAUAUUAAAAAUCACCACUAUUUAUAUUAUGCUUAAGAAGCUGAGAGAAAGAUGCUUAACUUACCAUCUACAACCUCGUUAUUUUGCUAAGUGUCCAGAAUUUGCUUCUACUUUUAAAUUUGUUGGAACCAUGAUGGACUUUUCGAGAUUUCCCCAAAUGUCCUUUUGGACUUUCGAGUGUAAAAGUUGGACACUAUUUCAAACCUAGAAAAGAAAGCUCAACAUCUUGUCUAAAUAUUUUUAAUGGAAUUCUUAACAUAGAGAAUUCUACAGAAGACCUUUUCAAGGCAUGAUGUCCUCUUAAAGAAAAAAUAACCAAACCUGUUUCAUUGGUUAUCAAGCUAUGCAAGAAAUGGAUCUAUACCUAUGCUGCUAUCCAGACAUUGCUGGUGGCGUUCUUGUCUGUCAACUUUUGAAAGACAAGAAUUCACAGCCAUUUUUAAUUUUAUGUUAAUAUUACUGUCUGACAUUUUGACAAUUACUUUCUGUGGGUUUUUUGUAGAUUUCUUCUCAUCUGGUUCAGUUUAUAUAUAUUCUGUGACAUAGAGGUCCACUGAAGGGUUUACUUAGUAAAUCAGAGGACUUGAAGUUUUCUUGUUCUGUUUUAAGAGCGGAUUGCCUUUUUUAUGAUAAAUCUAGAUGACCUUUUUGGAUUCAGUCUCAGACUAAAAAGGCAUAAUAGAACCUCAAACUUCAAUUAACAGUUUAAACCUUUUGAAAGAGGUUCUUGCUAAAUGAAUUGGCUCUUGUGAUGGCUAUACUUACUCUACUCAAGCCAUAUUAAUAUAAUAAUGAACUCUGUUUUAAGGGUUGAUGUUGUCCCUUGUUUUUUUAAAGGGUUUUCUUGCCUUCUGUACAUAUUGUCCUGUAAUUUAAGCAAUAAGUGAUGGCUGGGCAUUGUAUUAAAUAAACCUUUUUACAUAUUUAAGAGAUUCUUUCCGGUACAGAAACAUAGAUAGAACUCUUAAAUAUAUUGGCAUAUUACAGUGGUUAAGAUAAAAUUAUUUAAGAUUUUUAGAAUUAUACUUUUUUUCCAGACCCAAAGCUUGUGAUAAAAGUACUAAAGAAGCUAAUGCGUCUUAAACUGGCGGUUUAGCUUUUAGAUGUAUAGCUGCAGGUUGUGACAUGUUGUUCCUACCUGGAACACCUGUUUAGGGCAAUGCACUUGUAAAUUUCAGUAAAAAUCUGUUUAUUCCUGAGUUACAACUAAGUUACAUUUCUGCAAUGCAAUUUUGGCCUUUCUGACAAUGCCUUUUGAGAAUGUAAUCAUAAUCAAUCAUUAAAUGAGAUUUAUCCCAGCAUAGCUCUGUUUUUCUGGGAGGUAUUUCCAGUUGCCUACAGUACGUUUGUAUUGCGAAUAUAAUAGUCAUCAAAUGUAUAAUGCAUUUUAAAUUUUGUGUUCCAAAAGGCGUUUAGUGAGUCAAUCCAACAUACUUAAUGGUAGAGGCAUAUUUUUUUUUUUUUCCCCCAUUUGGGUUUUGUUUUGUACCAUUAUUAUUAUAGGGCCAUUAGAUUCUCAACAAUUAUUAGACACCACUGACCGUGAAAGACAUUUUAAUUAUUUUUAUUUAUUUGCUUUCUUUCACAUACCAUCUUUCUUAUGGUAUUACCUGUACUGCUACUAAGAAGUUCUUCAUAUCUUGCUGAACUCCAACUACCAGUCAUAUUUUGUUGGUCAUAUUUUUCAAGACCAUAACUAAGACAAAAUAAAAGGAAAUCUAAUGUCAGCCCCCCCCCCCCUUUUUUUUUCUCUUUACAAAAGCCAGCACAGUUUUGUAGGUACAUUUUGAGUGCAAAGUGUAAUUUUUAUGUACAUUAAAAAAUAACUUUAAUUCAUUUUAAAAUAUUAUUUUUGAUAUUGUGGUUGCCAAUAUAAUAAUCUAUACAUGCAGUGUCUUGAAAAACUAUUUAUCCCACUGGACAUUUUAAACAUUUUGCGGUAUUACAGCCUAGGAUUGACAUAGACUCUAUUGGAAUUUUGUAACUUUUGUUCUACCCCAAACGGCUAAAAAAUUUAACGGUGACACAAGAUAUGCAUAAAUGAACAAACGAACAAAAACAGAUCUGUUUGCUACAUAAGUAUUUUCUUCUGGAGUCAAUUUAAGAGAUUUUACAAAGUAUUGGUGGCACUUUUACAACACAUUUUCAGUAAAUGUUUGGUGCAAUAUAUUACUACUUUUUUUUUCUUUUUUUCUGUGCCCCCUAACCAUCCUUUUUUUAUCAUGUGCCAUUUUUUGGCAACUCGCCUCACUUUUGAGACUGAAAUAUGUUCUGUUUGAUUUCUAUUUUUUCUCUAAAAAUAAAUAAAUCAUCUGUGUACUUCUAAAUAUCCUUUGUAAUAGGGGUUAUUUAGAGUUUUGUAACAAUGGAAGUGAAUACUUAUGCAACUAACAUUUAAUAUUUCUUUUGUGUCACAGUAAAACAAGUUUUGCACCUUCAAAGUUUGGUUAUGUUGUAAUACAAAUGGUAAAAAUUCCUUUACAGUCCAUAUGAAACUGUAGUUUUAUAACAUUGCAGAAUAUGCAAACGUCCAAAGGGGACCAAGACAUUGUAAACUGCUAUGUCGGAUUUAAAGGUGCUGAAUAAGAAAUACUGUUUCUUAUUUUAGAAAAAAAAAGAAUUAUAUAAUCUAGAAAUCUAGAUAUAUUUUUUUUUUUUUCUUCUUUUUCAGAUUUUUGUCUUUCCUACAGCAGUGAAUGUUUUUGGUUGCCCUUAUUUCCACAUUUUAUACAGUAAUGCG